AUGGAACACAAGAGUUUCGAAAGUCUACUUAACCUUUCUCUCUCUAAGGGAUUCACUAUGAAGGCAAACCGUCCUGGAAACAUGCCCCCCAGUGAAGCCCUGAGAAAGCCUCUCUUAGAUGACCUUGAUGCUUACACCGACUUGCAGAAGAAGGCACAUAUAGAUGUGGCUAAAAUCAAAGACUAA